AGUUUGUUGAGGUAAUAAUAAUCAAUCCCAAUGCUUAAUAUAUGCCACGUAAUUUCUUCUCGUUCCCUCUCAGGAGCCCUUCCGUCUCAUUGCCACACUAUAAAUUUGAUUCCAGUAGUCAUCUCGGCAUAACUCUCUCCCAUUCUUCUCUCUAAAUUUCAUGAAUAUGGUGGUUUGUGGCUCUUUGCUAUCAUACCAUUCCCUCCCUCGACUUCUCAAACCCCAAAGGCCAGCCCUUUGGUGUAAAAAACAGUUCUGCGUGAGAGGCUCUGUUAAUAAGCCUGAUGCCGAGGAACCAAGAAGGAUUAUGAUAAGGAAAGAAAAUGAAGGCUGGAAGAUUGAUUUCUCUGGGGAAAAGCCGACCACCCCCUUGUUGGACACAGUCAAUUACCCUGCUCAUUUGAAGAAUCUAUCCACACAGGACCUGGAACAACUAGCAGCAGAGCUAAGAGCUGAUAUUGUGUAUAGCGUAGCAGAGACAGGGGGCCAUCUUAGUUCAAGCUUGGGAGUGGUGGAGUUGACAGUAGCUCUGCACCAUGUGUUCAGUACCCCUGAAGACAAAAUUAUAUGGGAUGUUGGACAUCAGGCAUACCCACAUAAGAUUCUGACGGGAAGGAGGUCUAGGAUGCAUACAAUGAGGAAAACUUCAGGGCUUGCUGGGUUUCCUAAAAGGGAUGAGAGUGUUCACGAUGCUUUUGGUGCAGGACAUAGUUCUACAAGCAUAUCUGCUGGACUUGGCAUGGCAGUAGCAAGAGAUCUUCUUGGGAACAACAACAAUGUUGUUUCAGUGAUUGGGGAUGGAGCAAUGACAGCAGGACAAGCAUAUGAAGCGAUGAACAAUGCAGGGUUCCUGGAUUCUAACCUGAUUAUUGUGUUAAAUGACAAUAGACAGGUAUCUUUGCCAACCGCAACGCUUGAUGGCCCUGCCUCUCCAGUUGGAGCUCUCAGCAGUGCUCUCACCAAACUACAAGCAAGCACGAACUUCCGCAAACUUCGUGAAGCAGCAAAGAGCUUCACGAAGCAAAUUGGCGGACAAACAUAUGAGGUUGCAGCAAGGUUAGACGAGUAUGCAAGGGGAAUGAUUAGUGGUUCUGGCUCCACCUUCUUUGAAGAGCUAGGGUUAUAUUACAUUGGUCCGGUUGAUGGACACAACAUUGAAGAUUUAGUAACCAUCUUCCAGAAGGUGAAGGCUAUGCCAGUACAAGGGCCAGUCCUAAUCCACAUUGUGACAGAGAAAGGGAGAGGCUAUUCCCCAGCUGAGGCAGCAGUUGAUAAAAUGCACGGAGUUGUCAAGUUUGAUCCUGCAACAGGCAAGCAACAUAAACCCGAAUCCCCUACACUCCCAUACACCCGUUACUUUGCUGAAUCACUAAUAAAAGAAGCAGAGGACGAUGAUAAGAUUGUGGCCAUCCAUGCAGCCAUGGGGGGUGGCACUGGUCUCAAUUACUUUGAAAAGAAGUUUCCAGAUCGCUGCUUUGAUGUAGGGAUUGCUGAGCAACAUGCUGUCACUUUUGCGGCUGGUUUAGCCACCGAAGGUCUCAAGCCAUUCUGUGCCAUAUACUCAACAUUUCUGCAACGAGGAUAUGAUCAGGUGAUACAUGAUGUGGAUCUUCAAAAGUUACCUGUCCGCUUUGCCAUGGAUCGAGCUGGUUUGGUGGGUGCAGAUGGACCCACUCACUGUGGAGCAUUUGAUAUCACUUACAUGGCUUGCUUGCCCAACAUGGUGAUUAUGGCCCCAUCUGAUGAAGCUGAGCUUAUGCAUAUGGUUGCAACAGCAGCAGCCAUAGAUGAUAGGCCCAGCUGCUUCAGAUUCCCAAGGGGAAAUGGUAUUGGAGCAGUUCUUCCACCUAACAACAAAGGAACUCCUCUUGAGAUUGGAAAGGGAAGAAUACUCACAGAAGGCAACAGGUUAGCUAUUUUAGGGUAUGGUUCUAUGGUUCAACAAUGUCUGGAAGCAGCACACAUGCUCCGAACACAAGAUAUUUAUGUGACAGUAGCCGAUGCAAGAUUUUGCAAGCCUUUAGAUACAGAACUCAUCAGGCAAUUGGCAUCUGAGCAUGAGAUUCUAAUUACUGUAGAAGAGGGUUCUAUUGGAGGUUUUGGCUCUCAUGUAUCACAUUUCUUAAGCUUGACAGGGAUUCUGGAUGGACCUCUAAAGUUGAGAUCAAUGAUGCUUCCUGAUAGAUACAUUGAACACGGAUCGCCCAAAGAUCAGAUAGAAGAAGCAGGGCUAUCGUCAAGGCAUAUUUCGGCUACAGUUCUGUCACUACUGGGAAAGCCAAAAGAAGCCCUGCAUUUCAAGCCCUGAAGUAAAAAAUGCUUAUUCACAAAAUCAGGUCCAAACAGCUUUCUGCAUUAGAAGAAACUUUACCAAAGUUAAGAGAUUUAUAUUUGGAUUACUCCUAUAUAAAGAUCAACACUCCUUUAAAUUAUUAUCUUGAUAUCCCCGCGUUACAGAGCAUCAACAAAUUUAGGAUCCCAAAAGAAUUACUCAGUCUCAGACCAUGGUUGUCUUUAUGUAUAUUGCCUGGUUGCAGUGUAAUGAAAAUAAAAAUAAGACUGAGUUCACGCAGGUUAAGAUCUGAGAUUCUUUUUCCAAGAAGAGUCUUAGUUUUUUCAGUUUUCCUGCACCACUUUAAUGUAGGCAUAAAUAAAUUUGGCUGAU